AUGGAAGUAUUUAUGAUGGCUCAAGGUGUCUGGGAGCCAAUCGAGUCUGAAGGUCCUGUUGAUAAACAAAAAGACAAGAUGGCAUUAGCGGCCAUCUAUCAAGGUAUAAGUGAGGAUACCUUGCUUCAACUAGGGGCCAAGAGGACAGCUAAGGAAGCAUGGAAUAUGCUCAAAAUUAUGAACCAAGGCGCAGAAAAGGUGAAGGAGGUUAGAACUCAAACCUUAUGGAGGGAGUUCGAUGCAUUGGGGAUGAGUGAUUCAGAGACAAUAGAUGAUUUCUCUGGAAAGCUCACCAUCAUUGUCAAUAAAUUAAGAAGCCUUGGUAACAUAGUUGAAGAUGAGAAGGUAAUUAAGAAGUUGUUGCGUUCUACUUCCUCAAAAUUUCUGCAGAUUGUUUUCGCUAUUGAAGAAUUUAGUGAUCUGAAAACCAAAUCGAUAGAAGAGGUAAUUGGAUCACUAAAAGCUCAUGAAGAAUGGUUGCUUGGUUGUGGAAACAAUUCUGCUGAAAUAGUUCUUAUUACUAGAGCUGAAUGGAAGGCCAGAGAGGAGGAAAGCUCUUUUAAGAAAGCUCAAAAUGACAAUGGUGAAAGAGGAGGCAGAGGUCAUGGCCGUGGGCGCGGCCGAGGUAGAGGGCGUUACAAUGGUGAUUCAAGUCGUGGUGGCGAUGAUGAAUCGAAGACACAGAAGAAGAAAUAUGAUAAGAGUAGAAUCAAGUGUUACUAUUGCGGCCAAAUGGGUCAUUAUGCUGUAGAAUGCCCAUCGAGUGAAUGGGAAGAGAAGGCCAAUUUAAUACAAGAGGAAGAAGAAGAAGAAGAAGUCUCUUUGUUGUUAAUGGAAACAGUAACCCUCAAUUCACCUCAAAAGGAAGUGGAGUCCCUUUUGUUGAUGCUGGAAACAUGUGAGCUCUGGUGA